GCGCGGGCGGGGCGGCCGCACUCUCGCCGCCCCGGGGUGUGGUUCCGGCGGCCCGGCCGGGCGGGGCGGCGGGUUUAAGGCGCCGCCGGCCGGCCCGGGCUCAUUUGCGCUCCCGCCGACGCCGACGCCGCCGCGCCCCGCGAUGGAGCGGCCGCCGCUGCGCACCCUGCUGCUGGGCGCCGCCGGGCUGCUGCUCCUGCUGCUGCCCCUCUCCUCUUCCUCCUCUUCCGACGCGUGCGGGCCCUGCGAGCCGGCCGCCUGCCCGCCCCUGCCCCCGCGGGGCUGCCCGCUGGGCGAGACGCGCGACGCGUGCGGCUGCUGCCCGGUGUGCGCGCGCGGCGAGGGCGAGCCGUGCGGGGGCGGCGGCGCCGGCAGGGGGCACUGCGCGCCGGGCAUGGAGUGCGUGAAGAGCCGCAAGAGGCGGAAGGGCAAAGCCGGGGCGGCGGCCGGCGGCCCCGCGGGGAGCGGCGUGUGCGUGUGCAAGAGCCGCUACCCGGUGUGCGGCAGCGACGGCACCACCUACCCCAGCGGGUGCCAGCUGCGCGCCGCCAGCCUGAGGGCCGAGAGCCGCGGGGAGAAGGCCGUCACCCAGGUCAGCAAGGGCACCUGCGAGCAAGGUCCCUCCAUAGUGACGCCCCCCAAGGACAUCUGGAAUGUCACUGGUGCCCAGGUGUACUUGAGCUGUGAGGUCAUCGGAAUCCCAACCCCUGUCCUCAUCUGGAACAAGGUAAGAAGGGGUCACUAUGGAGUUCAAAGGACAGAACUCUUGCCUGGUGACCGGGACAACCUGGCCAUUCAGACCCGGGGUGGCCCAGAAAAACACGAAGUAACUGGAUGGGUGCUGGUCUCUCCUCUAAGUAAGGAAGAUGCGGGAGAAUACGAGUGCCACGCGUCCAAUUCCCAAGGGCAGGCUUCAGCGUCCGCAAGAAUUACGGUGGUUGAUGCUCUACAUGAAAUACCAGAGAAAAAAGGUGAAGAUGCUGAGCUAUAAACAUGCAGAAUGUAUUAGUCUGCAUAGCUGAAAGUAGUCCUGGACAACUACAGCCCCUGUUCUUGCCUAAUAAGUUUCUUUUACUCCAACUACUAACACUUUAUUAUUCACUGGUUUUACACAGAGAAAAGCAAAAUAAAAACACAUGAAUACACAGGCCAGGCUCAGUGGCUCAUGCCUAUAAUCCUAGCACUCUGGGAGGCCAAGGCGAGUUGGAUUGCUUGAGCUCAGGAGUUCAAAACCAGCCUGAGCAAGGACAAGACCCCAUCUCUAAAAACAGCCGGGCAUUGUGGUGGGCACCUGUAGUCCCAGCUACUUGGGAGGCUGGGGUAAGAGGAUCACUUGAGCCCAAGAGUUUGAGGUUGCUGUGCCAUAGCACUCUAUCAAGGGCAACUGAGUGAGACUCUGUCUCAAAAAAAAAAACAACAAAAAAACUACAUGAAAACUAUCUACAAAAAUUUAUUGUCAAUUUACGAAGAAAAGCAUGCACGUCAUUAAAUAAAACAAAUAAAAUGCU